UACUUCUACUCGAAUUAAGCUAAACCAAUAUAUGUUAAUCAUAAAUCAUGGAAUUAAGCAAGCAUAUAGGUUUUCAGGUUGAAAAUGAUAUUAGUUUGUGGGAGACAGUCGUUAGAGCCAAGGCAAUAUUCACUCUUUUAGUAUUGGCGGGAUAUUUAUUCUUCUACCACUUCAUAUCAAUCUUCUGCUCCAUGAUUCACUAUGCCUUUCCAGAGACAUCAGAUGAAAUAAAAAGAAUAUUUGCUUCCAGCUUUUGGAACUUGUGUAUUUACUGUUUAACGCUUAAUGACUUCCAAUUUAAAGUUUCUGGUGAUGAAUUAGACCCCGAUUCAGCAAUACUUCUAAGUAAUCAUUUAUCAUUAGCGGAUCAUUUCGUAAUGGCUUAUUUAGCAAAUUACUCUAUAAAGAAAACAAAUUCAACAAAUUUAGAGAAUAGAAUUAGGUUACCAAGGAUUAAUUUCUUUUCGUGGUUUACUAUUUGGCGGCUUCCAACAUUACGAAUAUUCUUCAAUAUGGCAAAGUGUGAUGAGAAUUGGGAGCUUGAUGAAUCUAUUCUUGAGGUUGUAUUUUCUGAAGUUUUACAUAGUAAGACUCCUGAAUGGUUGGUUUUAUUCCCAGAAGUGAAUAUAUUAACUGAAGGAAACCUUUUGUUACAAAAACAACAAAGUGAAAGAUUAUGUUUACCUGUACUCAACAACUUACUAUAUCCAAGAUUUUCAGGAAUUUUUAACGUGGUUACGGCAAUUAACAAGAAGAAUAGUUUUAAAUUUACUAAGAUUUAUGACAUAACCAUAUUGUACCAAAGAGAAGGUUGUGUAGAGAACAUAUUUAGAGCACCAACAUUGGUCGAAACUUUUGCUUCAUCAUCUUCACCCAUCACUGUUCAUAUCAUUGUUAAGGCAAGGUUUCUAUCAAGAUUACCCUCCAAACGAGCAAAGCUAGAAAGAUACAUUGAACAUGCAUGGAUUGACAAAGAUAAACAAUUGGCUCAAUUAAAAGAGAAACAAACAUUUGAAAUACAAAACUCACAGGCUACAAAGAAUUGCAAUUCUCCACUUUAUUCAGCAAUCUAAAUUAUAUAUUUU